CAGCGCACAGAAGAUGGUGGCGGCUGCGGCCACUGUGUUGCCCACCGCGCCUGGAUAAGCGCACACAGCGUUUCAUGCGGGUGUCGACGCUGCCGCGGCGCACAGAGAAUGGUCAGGAAACGGAGAUAAGACAAUCUCAGCUCACUGUGGAGGUUGCAGGGAAUGGAGAGGCUGGACAAUGCAGCAGCCCUAUUCCAUCAUAUUUGCCUUGGAUUAAAGGGCAGUUAUUUGGAGAGGGGGACCAAGCUGCCGUGGGCAAACUUUACUUCAGAGAGGAGGAAGGACUGGACGAGAGGCUACUCCAUGUAGUGUGCUCAAGGCUUUAUUUAAAUUGCCCCCCUCCCGCCCCCCAUCAACUGUCCGAUUGACAGAAUAUAGCUCAGAGCCAGAAGAACCCGGCACGGUCAGGACAUCUGGAUAUUCUCUUGGGGCGCACUGUGACGAUGAAUUGGCGACAUUCGGUGUGUGAGUGGAUACCAAGGUAAUACCGGUGCAACACUGAGCCUAAACUGGUUGGCGCAUAGCCUUGGAGGAGCGUGUUUACACACGAGUCACUGACAGCUAAGCUCGAUAAAAACAGUUUAGUGUGUGUUCUGCGCACCGCCUCUCAUGCAUGUGUCUCCUGCAGACCUCCUGCACAAGAUCCUCUCUGCUUUUGGAGACGCAGCGGCGGCGGAGACUCCGGAGUGGAAAGUCAGGAAAGGACGGGGCUGCGUCCACGGGAACUGUUGGGAUUAGGCCCUGCAACACGGGGCAUGUGGGUAUUCGGUGGCAGUUUUUGCGCUCAUGUUCCUGUUAGGCUAUCUGGAUCUGACCUGCGCCUUGAAAUGAAAAGCUGACCUUUUUCGAACAACACGACAAACAGCAGAGUCAUAUCUUGCCACUUGUUGUCAGAGAUACGAAAGCAAACGCUGCAGAGGAUUUGUUUUGAAUGAAGUUUUUUUCCCCCCUGUCCUGUAAACAUCACUCUGCAUUCCCGGUGGACCCGAGUUGCACGGAAAACUAAAUGGAUAAGUGAUAAUGGACAUGCACCAUUAAUGAAAGUGCACUGGCUACCCUCCAAGAAAUCAUUCAGUUAUACAGUUCAACUGGAUUUUACCUCCUCAUAGUGAUCACAACUUCCCUAGAGCCCCAUUAAACUCAUUUCUUGACCUUUCUGGUUCUUCUGUUUCAACUUUUCCCCGUCAUGCACAGUAUUUUGUAAUCCUGACUUUUCCUAAAUAUUUUUCCAAUGAGUGAGACAGUGUGCAGGCAGCUGAGAGGACUGGAACAAAGCAGGCAGCGAGUGAACCUUGCAGUCUCAAGUGCGUCAAAACAGACGGGAACGUAGAGGAAUGCAGGGACUGACGUCAAGGGUGGCAAUAAUGAACUACUCAAAAUCUUUGGAAGGUCUGCUGGUGUUUCUACUGCCACUACACUGCUAACCGAGAGGAGUUUUCUCUGAACAGCCUUUUGUGUGCUCUCUUUUUUUUUCACAUUUAAGAUUGAACCACCAUUACCCUGGCUGUUAUACUGUGGCCCCAUACUUUGCCUUACUGUUUCAUCUAUGUUUGAAUUGACAGUACCUUCUGCAUAGUUUUUGAUUUUUGGAUAGAUUCAAAAGCGACAUGGCAUCGCCCCAACAUCAACAACUGCUGCCUCACAACACAGAAGUGAGCUGUGACUCAAGUGGAGACGGAGGCGUCUCAGUGAGGAUUGGCAGCAGUGUCAAACACAAGCAUGGAGGCGGGCCGCUUGGUUCAAUCGGGGGAGGCUUCAUUGGGGGAUCCAAGCACUGCAAGUACAGCAUCUCCUCAAGCUGCAGCUCCGGGGAGUCCGGAGUCAGGAAGACAACAGUCAGGAGCUUUCGCACACAGAAGAAGAUGCCUCAGCUUUUUGAGAGAUCUGCAGGUCAUUUCUGGGACCCAAAGUUUGACUCUUCAAUCUUGGAGGAGGCCUGCAGAGAGCGAUGUUUCCCUCAGACCCAGCGGCGUUUCCGCUAUGUGCUCUUUUACCUGGUUGCCGCUGGCCUCCUCUGGGGAUUGUACUUUGCUACCAACCCUUCCCGCUGUGAUAGGACUGCCUUUCUCCUUCCCACCGCAUCCUUCCUCAUUUUCUGCCUCCUCCUCUUCCUCUUAACCUUUACUAAGCUCUACUCUCGCUGCUACAAUCAAGCAUCUCUGCUGCUCAUUGUUGUAACCUUCAUCCUCACCCUGGCCCCCCAGAUCCAGACAUCAGGCUUCAGGGAACCAGAAUCUCCCACACCUACACUCGAUGUGGAAGAGUUUAGUGGCAUGGGGCCCAUAUACAACCUGUCUUAUGACAAGCUUGUGGGAGGUAGCACCUGGUCCCCCUGUCUUUCGCCUGUAGGCACCUUCUCCCUCUGUAUCGAGGUUCUUCUGUUGCUGUACAGUGUUCUCCAUGUUCGACUCUAUGCUUCUGUCUUGCUCGGGUUUCUCUACUCUGUCUUUUUUGAGAGUUUGGGCUGGCUGCACCUGACCCACUCAGGGGAGAGCUGGAGUAUAGCCUCGCAAUCAGACUGGGAUACACUAAGUUGGCUGGGCCCAGGCAAAGCCUUGCUCCACCUCUGCGCCCACGCCAUCGGCAUUCAUCUGUUCAUCAUGUCAGAGGUGCGGUCACGCAGCACCUUCCUUAAGGUGGGACAAGCUAUAAUGCAUGGCAAAGAUCUGGAGGUGGAGAAAGCCUUGAAGGAGCGAAUGAUCCACUCUGUCAUGCCCAGAAUCGUGGCCGAUGAACUGAUGAAGCAGGGUGACGAGGAGAUUGGUGAUAAUUCUGUUAAACGAUACUCCACCAGUGGUGCAGCGGCCGCCAUCUCCAGCCCUAAAAACCAUAAACGCAAGAAAACCUCCAUCCCUCGAGGCCAGAUAAUUUUCAGACCCUUCAACAUGAAACGGAUGGAGCCCGUCAGCAUCCUCUUUGCAGACAUCGUGGGCUUCACAAAGAUGUCUGCCAACAAAUCUGCUCAUGCCCUCGUGGGGCUUCUGAAUGACUUGUUUGGACGUUUCGAUAGACUGUGCGAGCUCACCGGCUGUGAAAAGAUCAGUACUCUAGGAGACUGUUACUACUGCGUGGCUGGUUGUCCUGAACCUAGACCAGACCAUGCCUAUUGCUGUGUGGAGAUGGGCCUGGGCAUGAUCCAAGCUAUUGAACAGUUUUGCCAGGAGAAGAGGGAGAUGGUGAACAUGAGGGUGGGUGUCCACACUGGUACUGUGCUGUGUGGCAUCCUGGGCAUGAAACGCUUCAAGUUUGAUGUUUGGUCAAAUGACGUCAACCUGGCCAACCUAAUGGAACAACUGGGAGUGGCUGGGAAGGUCCACUUAUCACAGGCCACAGCUAACUUCCUGGAUGACCGCUACCAGCAUGAAGACGGACAGGUCACUGAGAGAAUAGGACAGAGUGUGGUGGCUGAUCAGCUCAAAGGCCUGAAGACCUAUCUGAUCUCUGGCAGGAAGGUGGAGCCUCACUCUCACUGUAGCUGCUCCCAGUUGGGUUUGGCUGGAGCAGAGCAUGCAGAUCCUCGGUCUCCCACGCCCAGAGUGCACACACCUGAUGGAGCCCCUUCGGCCUGCAACGUGGGUCCUGAGAGAGCCAUGUCUCCCUGUCUGUCCUGCAGUGUGGUCCUGAUACCAGGGGAGGAUCAAGUUGUGGAGGAAACAGCGGUGCUCAAUGGGUGCCAUGACGACCAGAAGACCAACAGCAGCAAGGACUCUUCAAAUCUGAAGCGCUCCCCAGUGGUUUCUGCAGGGCGCACCCCCAAGGCUCUGAACGGCCUGCUCAGUCCCCGGCUGGAAGCCUUGAACAACAGCCAAACGUCGCUGUGCGAGAUGCUGCAGGAGAAGGAGAAGAAGACGUGGAGCGGAGGAUCUAUGGGCAUGGACCACUCAGCGCUCAUCCCCCUGCGAUCCAAGAACUUCAGGGAGAGGAGCGAUGCCCACUUUGUGGACGUUAUCAAAGAAGACAGCCUCAUGAAGGACUAUUUCUACAAACCUCCCAUAAACAAGCUGAGCCUCACCUUCCUGGAGAAGAGCCUGGAGUCUGCUUACCGGAUAAGCUACCAGGAGGAGGUGGAGACCCAAGCAGCGGUACAGACUUUUGCCAGUCCAACAUUCAGUUCUUUCCUGGACAUGCUGCUGUGCUCUGCAGUGUUUCUGGCUCUCUCACUGGCUUGUUUCCUUCGACCGCUUGUCACCCAGCAGAGUUUAUCCACACCAGCACUCAUUCUGACAGCUGUAGCCGCCCUGCUGGAGGCUCUAGCUCUGCUGUUUUCUAUACGUAUGGCUUUCUACCUGGAGAGUACACUGAAUUGCACUCGGAUGCUGAUGAGGGCGAUCUCAGGCUGGAUAGCUCGUCACUUUAUAGGAGCUGUUCUGGUGUCCCUGCCCACUGUGGCCGUCUUCUCCCACAUCACCUGUGAUAUGCAUCUCUCCAUCCAGUUCACCACGUUCAUCUGCUGUGCUGUCAUCAUAGCUAUCAUUCAGUAUUGUAAUUUCUGCCAGCUCAGCUACUGGAUGCGCUCAACUCUAGCAACAUUGGUGGGACUAGGACUGCUUGUCUUGCUCUUCAGCUCCCCCUGCAGCGUUGCUAAGAGUCUGUUUUUCUGGACUGAUAGGCAGAACAACAACAGUAACAGCUCAAUUGUCAUGUCUGACAGCCGAGUAAACCAUGACACACAGCCCUACUCACAGGAGAUGCUGGGCCCUGAGGCCUGCGUGGCCUUUUUCCUGCUGCUUCUCCUGGUCUGGUUCCUUAACCGUGAAUUUGAGGUCAGUCACCGCCUGCAUUACCAUGGCAAUGUGGAAGCUGAUCAACACCGCAUCAAGAUCCAGAACAUGAGGGACCAGGCCGACUGGCUGCUUCGCAAUAUCAUCCCCAUCCAUGUAGCAGAGCAGCUAAAGGUCACCCAGAGCUACUCCAAGAACCACGACAAUGUGGGGGUAAUAUUUGCUAGUAUUGUUAAUUUCAGUGAAUUUUAUGAGGAAAGCUAUGAGGGAGGUAAGGAGUGCUACCGUGUCCUCAAUGAGCUAAUUGGCGACUUUGAUGAGCUGUUACGGAAGCCUGCCUUCUCAAACAUCGAAAAGAUCAAGACCAUCGGUGCCACGUACAUGGCAGCAGCCGGUCUCAAUGCGCAGCAAUGUGCAGACGCGGCACAUCCUCAUGCCCACCUCCGUGCUCUUUUCGAAUUUGCCCUAGAAAUGAUGCACGUGGUGGAUGACUUCAACAAGAACAUGCUGGGCUUCGGCUUCAAGCUCCGCAUUGGAUUCAAUCAUGGUCCUCUGACAGCAGGCGUGAUUGGCACUACUAAGCUUCUCUACGAUAUCUGGGGCGACACAGUCAACAUUGCCAGUCGCAUGGAUACGACAGGUGUGGAGUGUCGCGUCCAGGUCAGCGAGGAGAGCUACUGUGUGCUCAGUAGCAUGGAUUAUGAUUUUGAUUACCGUGGCACAGUUAAUGUCAAAGGCAAAGGUCAGAUGAAGACCUUCCUUUACCCUAAGAGCAGUGACAGCGGCCCUGUGCCUCAGUACCAACUCUCAGUUUCACCAGAGAUCCGGGCACAAGUAGAUGGUAGCAUUGGGCGCUCGCCCACUGAUGAAAUUGCCAGCAUGGUGCCCACAACCGGCAUGACUGCAAGCAUUACCAACACUAUGGUGCCCAGUGCCAGCGCUGGUUCCUCGACUACCACAGGGCUUGGUCAUGAGAAAGAGGCAGGCAGCCGCGAAAGACGCCCCUCCGCAGAGAUUUCUCAUGCCAGACGAUCCAUGUCUCACAGUGGCCUGACAUCUAUACCUGUUACAAAUCUAGAAGGACCUCCUCCCUCUGCAAAUAACAAACAGCUCAUCGGCUCACCCUCAGUCCAGCAAGGUACACCCCAAAAUCCAACAAAGUCCCUGAAAGACAUCAAGAAGGACAAAUAUGAGGAUGAGAGUAAUAUUGGAGAGUUUACCAGACUGUAAGAAUAUGCUACAGUAAAUUAUCUACCCUUUAAGCUCUUGUUCCUGCCAGUUGGCAUUUGUAGAAUUGCUGUAUAUUUGGUCCUAUCAAAACACCCACAGGCUUCUUCUCUGCAUCAGCCGGGCAGCAGGUUGUUUUAGUGUAAAUCUGAUUGGCUGAUAUAAUCAGUGGAGGGUGCUGGGUGGACCACAAAGAGAGUGUCAGGCAGGAACAGAGAGAAUAUGGGAAGAUGUGAUGGCUGACUCUGAAUCUUCUCUUGCCUGCUACAGAUCCCAUCGUCUCCCAUUAACUUACUUGAUUAUCUUUACACCUUUAAUCUUGAUUAUUUCUUUCAUAUGUCUUUAAGUGCCUUUAGAAUAGAAUAAUGUGUAGACUAAGCCUUUUUGAGUAAGGGAAGAAGAACAUAAAGGGAAAACUGUAAAUUAGCAAACUUUUUGGGGAAAAAAAUGCUUUGCUUUUUCUUUUUUCUUAUUUUUACAAUUUUACUUUGUAAACUAUGUUUUGCUAUGAUAUUUUGCCUUUUAUCAAUGAAAAGUUAAGAAAGCUGACUCAUAAUGUAUGCUGAGUGGAGGGAAAUGAGAUAUCACUCCAAGAUAUCUAAUAGUAAAAUCUGCACUAAAAUGCAGCAGAGCCUGUUUCCAUGUUCUUCAUGGAAGCCAGAAAACUCAUCAUUUAAGGCACAGCAGAGACUAAUCAAUACAGGCUAAGGGCAGAUGACGGCCAAGCUGUGUGUCGUGCGACUGUUUUUGCAUGUAUGCAGUGUGUGUGUGUGUGUGUGUGUGUGUGUGUGUGUGUGUGUGUGUGUGUGUGUGUGUGUGUGCGCGCGUGUGUGUGUGAGUGUGUGUUGGUAUGUAUCUGUGUAGUGAGAUCAUACAGGGUUUAAUGAGGAGAGGUGCCUAUGAGUUACUUGACUGAUUUUGUGAAACUGCAGGAUGACAAACAAUUUAGGAACGCAGUUGAAAAAAAAAAAAUCUUGUUUGCUGAUGUGGCAGCUUUUUCUCUGGCCUCAGUUAAGAUCUUUGUAUUGCCUCAGGACUGAGGCAUAAUGGUGGCUACGCAUGCUUGCAACAGCAACACCAUAGAUGAGGCUAACUGCUACUAAUGUUUGUGCCCUCCCCCAUGAUCCAGGCUCUGGUGGGAAGUCAGGUUGUGUUUAGUGCUGAUGAGUAUUUCAAUGGAUCCUACAAGGCACUGCUGUACCUGUAGAGUGUCUAGUCGUGACUUUAGAUCAAUUAGACAAAACAACUGCCUAGGUUUGCAAUGGAUUACACUGUGUGUUAGUUAAUAGUGCUUUUAAGACAUGGAUAAUCAAAGUGGAAUGUCACAAAUCAAAACUAAAUGUGUUUUAUUGUAUUUAUUGUUACGCAAAACUUGAACCAUUCAUGUGAAGCUGCCCUCUCAAAUUUUUUUUUGCGAUUUGAUAGACAUUACUGAAUGCAAACAGCUGGAUGCAUUAGCUGCUUCAGUCUCGCAAUGGCAUGAAACGUAAUGUAAUAGCACUGUAAAAGCAAAGCCAGUGCACCAAAUGUAUUUCAUAUGAAGCCCUAAGUGUUUUUACUCCCUUUCCUUUUUGACUUAAAUGAUUCCAUGUUGUUAUAUUAGAUUAUUAAGGAAAUCAAACUGAUUAAACUAUACAUCUCUCGCUGUGACAUUUUCUCUCUGUUACUGUUUCUUAGCAAAAAAGGAUUGUGUGCUCAGAGGCAAAAAAAGUAUUACCAUGAAAUCCACUUUAAUGUCUUAUUUUUGGCAUUUAAAUAUCCUGUAUAGCAGAUUAACAACCUCAUUUCUUUAUAUUACCACUUCAUAAUCACUACUUUUAAGUAACAAAGCAAAUAAGACAAAUAUUGCAGAAUAACAAAGAAUCAGUUUGUCUUCUUUUGUCAUGCCGCUUUUAAGAUGACCCUAACAGUGAAAUAAUUAGUUUUCUUUGUUGUCCAUGUGUGAAAUUAGGGUAGCUUGUGCCUUUUAACUUUGAACUUGAUUUCUCUUAUCUUUUUUUCAGUGUCAAGUUGGUUUAACUUUUUAAGACACUCAAAAGGUUAUGGUAUGGGAAUAUUUACUUUAGUGCUUGAAGGUCAUAAAAUUUGAGCAGUGCCUUUUCUUAAAAUAUACAAUUAAAUAUAAAUGUACCAAACAUAUUUUUACAUUAGUUGACCUUAUUGCAGAAUUUGGAUUUCUUUGUCCAUUUUGUAUUUAUUCCUCAGAUGGAGGUGUGGUUGUGUUAAAUGCAAUAAGAGCUAAACAUCACUUGUUUAAAAGGGAAAAUAAGCUUCUUUUCGCUUAUGAGCACACAACUCUUGCACCAGCCCAAAAUUUGUGUUUGUUUUACUACAAUAAAGGGAUGCUUAUAAUAAUUAUUAAGAAUAAUUAUUGUUGUUAUUAUCCAAAGUUAAGUGCUUAAUAGAGGAUAUGAUACUUGAGUGUCAGGUAAAGCGCAUAAGCUAGAUUGUUUUUUCCUCGAUAAUUUUGAUAAGCUCUUUUGAAUAUUGUGUUUUUUUUCUAAACUGAAAGUUUUUCGUGGAUUAGUGUUGUUUGCGAUAAAUGUAACAUUAAGACAAAGGUGUCAACUCACAGAUCUGGUUGCCACUUGUUUUUUUUGUUUUGUUUUUUCUUUCACUGCAGAAAUGAGCAUAUCUGUCGAUUUGGUUGGAUUUAUUGAGAUGUAAGUGACAUUCUGAACCAGGAGAAUGACACACGGGGAAAACUUUGAUGCCAAAGAGUGUCAUUACCAUCUCAUGAAUUUCUCCUUUGUAUGUUAUGUCUUAUCUCCUUCUUAAUUUGCAGGUUGUGUUGUGCACGUUUAAGAAAGUUCAUUUAUAUGCUCACUGUUAAAACACAUUUGCACAAGGCACUCACUUUUUAUGUACAGUAUGCCUUUAUAUUGUAUAGUAUCUGAGCAUUUUCUAUUAUUUAUAUAAGUGCAUGUACUAGAGUAUUAAGUAGUCUAAAGAACUGGGUAAUUUUAACAAUGUUGGAAUAAUAUUUGUGUGUUCUGUUGGCCUGCAUGUGUGUAAAAAUGUACGAGUGUUUGUAAAACUGUGUGGUUGUGCGUGUUUUGGAAGGGAUGCUCUAAUCUUAGCAGGAAUGUGACCUGGACAUUUUAGUCAGCUUUGUCAUCUUGAAAAGUAUGACAUGCUCGGACAGCAAGGCUUCAAUCAAUACAGAUUUCCUUGUUUUUCAAUUCAAACUGGCCAAAUAAAAUGGAUGAGGCACUACAAGAUGUCUGCAGGUAGGUAGUAUCUCAGUCGCCUUCUACAGGCAGGUUUUAAUGAAUUGUUGCUUUCUCUGGAAUGUUUUUGUAUAUAGCACGCUAAUAGGUAUGCAAGUGAAGGUUAAAACUGAAUAAAGUCAGUUGCUGGUAAAUGUUGUCCGAUUGAAUUAAUAGCCUGUGCACUACAUCUACUGUAUGUUGUGGGUUAACCAGUGCUGGACUGUAAUUAAGUGCAUGUUCUCAAGUAAUUAAGAAUGUUGAGUUACUUGUACUUAACUUGAUUAUUCCUGCGUUAUGCUGUUUUAUAUUGUAUGUUUUAUAAUGUAUUCUCCAUUGCCUUACAAUGUUACUUUUGAGGAUUAAGAUUUUAUAUAAAACAUUAGAUCAGUUUAUAC